AUGACCACUCUACUAGAACCGCCCGGUGUUGUAUUCCGCCCCUUGAGUCCCCCCCCACGAUGCCACAGAACGCAUUCCACCUCACAUAGGCCUCAUUGCCUUGAUGUUGCAAAUGAGUUGCCCUUAGUGGUGCAAACAGCACCCCAUAUUUCAGCCCUGGCUGCGUCGCUCUCCCAAUAUGAUACCGAGAGCUACUUGGAUGCAACAUAUAUGAUUGAGGAGUCAGCUGCUGGUGAGGACUUGGCAGACACAGAGUCCAUCACCGACACCGAGGACAGCCAAACAGAAGGGAACUUCUAUGUGAUUAGGGUUGGCCGUCGUCCGGGCGUGUACAGCAUGAGGAUGAAAGCUAUGCAGCAAAUAGUCAACUUCCCAGGGGCUAUGGUCAAAACGUAUUAUACCAAGCCCUGCGGUGCUAACAAUGCAGCUAUCUACAAUAUCAUACACGUGGAUACAAUCUACCGUGCAGCUCACCUUAUUCCUGUCUACGGCAGAUCCUUGAUUGUUUUUUUCCUCUUGUGUGACUUGAACGGCUUGAACCAAUUGCGUGAAAACUCAAGCGCAAAAAAGCCGCUGAAAGUCAAAAAAGGGAUCCUGGGUUUUGCUGAUGUCGCUCUCCCAAUCUCACACUUUCUUGAGAUUCCUUUGGAUCCAAUCAGCCUUACUGAAGCUCUGCCCUUCUUUGUGUGCACUAAGCCCCUCCGUCUCGCAGCUGCAGUGUUCAACCACGCUCAUUUGCUAUCUCCUGUUAAAGAGGGCAGGUGGCGUGGGCAGAUGAAACCCGCCGGCGAGGUCGUCAUGGAAGCCAUUGAAAACAGCGGCAAUGCCAUCUUGCGCGAUUACGCACUCGAGAUCGCAGUCCUCUCCAUGGGCGCCAAAAGCAAAGUCGGUGGCCUGAAGGAGUUCUGUGCGCUUGCUGCCCUUACCCUGACAUUGGACUGUAUUCUAUUCGGCACCUUUUAUGCUACCAUGCUCGCAAUUAUGGUCGAGCGAAGCUCCAACAAUCUCACUACUGAACGCAAACCAAGUGCCCUCGUUCGUUCACCACCCCAAGUCCAAGACAACAGCCUUAGCCGCCAGCUUUUGGAGACCCUAUUGGGUGUCAAGGGUUCUAUGCUCAGACAAAAGAACAGCCCACCGCCAGAAGUUAAGGAAGAGAACCCCCUUGCACGCCUGAAGCUUCUUCUCAUCGUAUCCUUCCUGACGCUGCACAUUUUGAACUUCGCAACCACUCUCACACCCGCGACCAUCUCGAGGUACCAGACUCAGACCUUGAUCGACUCUGCAGUGAGCGAGUACUCGGUGGUGCACAAAGUCGACAUUACGUCUCCUGCCAUUGCCAGUGUGCUCGCCAACCUUGCCGCUAUCGAUGUAACCUUCCAGGUAGAAGACGAAGCCAACGUAUCUGCUCCUGCCGAUCUCCUUGUUAAGAUUGCCCCGCCCCUGUAUAUCCGCGUCACACCACCUGGUCCAGUUCGUCCCCGUGCACUAUUCACACCACCCACUCACUCCGCUACUGCGAAACGGGACCCAGUGGGCAAAAACCCGAAGAGAAGACUUUGGGCCGAAGCAGGACUCAGCAUUCUCAAUGCUGCAAGGGAAGACAUUGAACUUCCCCUCUGGACUUCCCUAGCAGACAGAGAAGAACUCAUACAGCGCACAGUAAGACUUACAGCAGAUCUUUUAUGUGAGCUCGUCGCACGCUCUGAAUUCGAUGCCGCAGAAAUACACCUCAACGCACUACUCUCCCUUACCCACGCACACGACCUAUUUAACUCAUAUAGCGCCCGCAUUACCCUCCACGCCGCACACCUCGCACAUGCACUCGGAGACACCGAACGCGCAGGUGUAUGCUACCGUGUCGCCAAAUCCGUAGACGACAAAACCAAUGCAGGAACCGGAUCACACUUGAAGUUUGCUCUCUCGUUAUCGACGUUAGUGGGGGAGAACCAUCUCCGCGCAUUGCUCCUCGCACAAGUGGGCGCACAGUACUCGCAUACAGCGCCUGCACAUGCUAUGGAGACGUUGGCUGUGUGCGAGACGCUCGGCGCUGGGAUGGGUGCGAAGCUGAAGGAAGCGGAUGGUGGUAAAGGUAAAGGUAAAGGAAAGGAGAAAGAGAAAAUUUCAGACGGCAAUGCGGCCAAGCACGACUCAAUUGGCAACGACCUACUCCGCCUCUGGGUGGGCGAACGAUUCCUCGAUAUAUUCAAGCGCGCAAAUAAGCCGCAUCGCGUGGCGAAGCAGGAGGCGUUUAAUGUGAUGUAUCGGGGUGCGGUGGAUGGGAUGGUGGGGAGGGCGAGGUGGCCUUCUAUCGUGGAAUUUGAUCAGGAUGGUGCUGAUGAGGAAGACGUCAGGAUGCAGAACACGGACCAGGACCAGGAUGUUGAGAUGUAG